AAACCAAACAUUCUUGGCCUCGGGGUCCGACGACUACUCCUCCCGAGUCUCAACAGCUCCUGUCCCCCAGCUGAGCUGACGCUACCCCUCCACCCUCCAACCUCUAAGCACUCAAUUCCUCGUCGACAAGAUGCCUCCCAAGACAGGCCGUGGUCGCAAGGCGAUGGCCGGAACACCGCGGAAAUCAACAGCUGGCGCUCGCGCUGCCGCAAGCUCAUCCAAAGCCCCCGUGACGGCUGCCCCGGAGGCAUCUGCAUCGCCUUCGUCGCCGCGCGUGCGCAAGACCACCGCCAGUCAACCCCGAGGCGGCAAGCGACCAGCCGCUGCAAAGAAGAUCGCCAAACCGAGCAAUGUUCAACCUGGCGACCCCACCCCCCGAGGACAAAAGCGCCGCUACAAGCCCGGCACCGUGGCGCUGAAAGAGAUCCGCAAAUACCAGCGGUCAUUCGAUCUCCUCAUCCAGAAGCUGCCGUUCGCCCGACUGGUUCGUGAGGUGGCCAUGGAUCUCCUCCCUUCAGAAGUCGGCUCGGAGCUGCGGUGGCAAUCGCACGCCAUCCAAGCGAUUCAGGAAGCCGCAGAAGCAUUCCUGGUGCAUCUGUUCGAGGAUACCAACCUGUGCGCGAUCCACGCCAAGCGCGUGACCAUCAUGCAGAAGGACAUUCAAUUAGCUCGUCGCAUCCGCGGUGCCUGGGGUGGUUUGGGCUAACUGCUCUUUCGCGAGCGGAGGGGGAUAGGUUUUGAGACUGAUGAGACGAGGCUUGACUCCCCUAUCAUGAUUGAUCAAUGAUCGAACGAAGGCAGUG